GGUGGUGCGGUCGAGAGGAGACUAAUCACACCCAUGAGGGAGGCUCUGGCGCGGAGAGAGGACGAAAAACGUGACUCUGCAGCCUGAAGAGCUGUUAUGCAACCGCUGACCUACUAACACAUAUCCGCUGAAGGGGUGCCGGAGAAACUGGAGCAAAAGUGUCCGGCAGCAGCGCGCAGAGCCGAGCCGAGCCAGGAGCCAGGAACAGCCACCAGCAGACACCGUGACUCAUCCGACGAGGACACGCACAAAGUUUUCAGCCCCAUUUUCCUUCUCCUCCCUCUCUCUCUCUCUCUUUCAUUCCGGAGGUUUCCUCUGAAGGGGACAAGGGAAGGAGGAAACGGGAACGAGACAGCUUUUGUGUCGGGGAAGCCUGCACCUUCAUCUCCUCAGUCUCCUUUUUCCAGUUACCCAGUUAGAGGUCAACAACCAGCCACGUCGAAGCUGAAUCCUCAAGGAGGCCAGAAGAUGAAGCACUGACCUACAUUCUGUGGAAAACACAGCAGCGGCCUGACAGGCGUCCCAGCUCUGCUGAAGAUCGACAAAGACGCCGCUAAACUCUGAAAUCGCCUCCUGCUCUCUGUAGAAGCGACUCGAAGACUCAAAAUACAAUCUUAAGUUUUUUUUUACUUCAUUUUUUGUCAGAAAACGGUUUCAAUGUCUGAGGUUUUUGUGGAGUUUCAACUCUUUUUAAUCUUUCUGGCUAAUUUAGACACUUGAAAUUUUUUUGAUCUGAAAGACAAGGAACGGAAAUCAAUGAGGCGAUCUCUUCAAGGAGCACAAAUACCACAUCCGGAAGUUUUUGCCGACCCUGCGACAUAAGUCCAACAUCCCACCAAUAAAACAGAAGGCUCAACAUUUCGCAUACUCUCCCUCCCCCUCUGCCCCACACUAGGGUCAAACUUUGGAUCCCAAAUGGAAAGUCUCAGUCUCCACAUCCCAUCCAAUACCAACAAAAGUACCAUGGACGUUGAAGCUUACUCCCCCUAUGAUGGCAACCUCCCUUCCCCUGCUCCAGAAGGAGGAGCCCGGAUCAGCCGCCAGGGGAAAGGCUCCAAGCCCACAGUUACCUCACGUCGCAAGCGUGAGUUCAUUUCUGAUGAGAAGAAGGAUGCUUCCUACUGGGAAAAACGCAGGAAGAACAACGAGGCAGCCAAGCGCUCAAGAGAAAAGCGACGCCUAAACGACAUGGUGUUGGAGAACCGAGUCAUGGCGCUGAAUGAGGAGAACGUUCGUCUUAAGACGGAGCUCCUCCAGCUCAAGUUGCGCUUUGGUCUUAUCAGCACGUCGUCUUACAUGGAGAAAAGCCAGCAGAUCUCCAACAGCGUCGCCGAUGCCGGCGCCGGUAGCAACGGGAGCGGCACAAACGGUAGCACCUACCUCUCCAGCAGCGGCUACUCCAGCGCGUCCCAGGUGAUGCUGAAUUCGGAUUCGUCUGAAACGGAACAGUCCAGUCGAGGUGAACGCCACACCACGCUUCACAAGUACUCUCCGCUGGGCUCCGUGUCCGACAUGUCUGACGGCUCCUCCAGAGACAGCCCCGAGCCCAUCAGCUACAUCAAGAAGGAGCCUUCAAGCUUAGACUCGGCAGGACUGGAAAGCAACAGGAUUUCCAGAGGAAUCCAUAAUGGGAUUCUCAAUGGAAUACCAGGCGGUGAUUACCAUGGCAACCACACCACUCUGGUUUCCUCACACCAGCAAAACUCUCCAUUGGCCGAAAGUGCCAGGGACUACCUGCAUCAGUGCCACGUGGAGCGCUCCAGUCCCGCUCCUCAGGCCACCUCUGCCCAGAGGAGCGUCAUUUUGUAUCGCUCCAGCAGCGGCUGUUAUCCCAUGGAGAGCCAGAGGUCGGAGGACCAGCAGUCCCAGCAGGGCAGACAACCUCAGCACAUCCUGCCCUCCAACUUCUCCGACUGCUCGGCGACGAUCACAGAGGUCGCAGAGAAGCUAGAGAGAACAAAGACCAUGGACUCGCCGCAGUACGAAUACACUAACGGUCACGCAGAAACCUCAGAAGAGCUGCAGCAACGAUAUGAUCACAACUCCCAACAGUCACACCAAGACCUCAACCGUUGCAGCUACCAGAUGCAGGAGGACAGUCUUCAGCAUGCUGAGAGCCACCAGAACUCCUUUGCCCCUGAUCUUAUCCACAGUGAGGAGGGCAAGUCCUUCAUACAGCACAACGGAUACCUCAACACACUGGAUGAAGAGCCUCCAGUGCUCACCUAUGAGGGGGGUCCCCGAGCCGAUGGUUUCUACCAGGAGAACUCUUCCACUAAAGACACCUCCUCAAGUGAUGGAGACCCUCGUAGCUCUGAUAAAGAGGGCUCCACAGACGACGAAUCCCCCUCCUCGUCCUCCUCGGACAUUAGUAGCUACCACCAGAAGGUAGAAGGAGCUGCCGGUUUGCACGGAGACUUUCAAGUCGAGGUCAAAACCACUGCGCUGCCCCACAAGCUCCGCCUCAAGUACAGGGCUCUGUCGAACGGGGCUCAGGUGGAGGGACCAAUCAGCAGCUCCAUGUCCCCAUCUCCCACUUUGCCCCAGCAUCCGUACUUAGCCCUGCCUGGCAACCCCCACCACGGCCAGGCCAACGGAGAGAGCAAAGAGACCGAGUACGCGGAAGAGGCCGUGCCUCAGAUGAAAGAGGCUAAAAGGGAGGGCGGGAAGAAAGGAUCCAGUAGUGGACGGGGUGGACGCAAUAAAAGGCGGGAUUAGGGACAAAUGUGGGCAGCGUUAGCAUUUUCCUGUCACCUCUGAGGUGGAAAACAUGCCACCACUGACUUUGGCACCUUGGGAGUCUGAAAUGUCAGCGACCUGUGUGAGGUUUAUUUAGUCCUACGUGAAAACGUGAGUUUGCAGACGUGUGAUAACCCAGAUCACUGCCAAAAUUCUCCAUGAUCGGAUCUGAUGCAUUCAGGAUGAAUGAACAACAUCUUUUUGGACUUAAUUUGCUGUUAAAAGCAAAAAAAAAAAAAAAAAAAUUUAAAUUGAACUCAGUUGGAUCAGUCAGGGGUGCAGGAGGUCACGUGAUUUCCUAGACCCGUUUUCUGUCCGUGAUCGAGGGAUUUCACGCGUUUGGACACGUUUUCAUUCAGAUGUCACCCUCCAGAUUCACUGUGUCACCUGUAACCCUCUCUUAGAUGCUCUCCUACCUCCCACCACUUCUACAAACACAAAUAACACAUUAAGUAGGGAUGAGGUUCAACUCCAGAGCUUGGGAUCCAUCCCUGAAGGAAAACUCAAUUAUUCAUUACUGAUUGCCUUAGUGUCUGGCCAGUCUCUAUUGUGGCAUUAUGGGAUCAUUCCUUUACCAAAGACACGCAUAUUUCCUUUACCGUCUCCCUUUGUCUGCAGUUUUCCUUCAGUCGCUCCCCUCAGCCAUCCAACCGUCGGCACACGAGUCCCCCUCCACUCCCAAAGCACUUAGAUUGUACAUUACUGUGACAUAGAAAUUUGCAUAUAUGGAAUUUAUAUAUAUUUUAAGAAAAAAGUGGCAAAAACAUGAAAAAACAAAGCACUGGGAUGUAAAAGUUGUAGAUGAGUGUUGUUUUUUUAAACACCCUGUACAGUUCCUUGUUUAGAAAAAUGCCUCAAAGACCUUUUUCUUUCAUUAAAACUGUGAGCCACUUCUUAAAAAAAGGUUUUCCUCAAAUUCCUGAGAUCAUUUUUAAACAGUCGAGGCCAGUUAUGCACAUAUCAGUCAAGGCGACGCCGGCACACGCGGCAGCGCUUGACGAGCACAAGCCUUGUUUGUCAGCCGUUCGACAAAAUAAAAGCAUCGUAAUUUUUAGGAAAACGCGUCUCUGUAGUCACGACCAGCAAAGCUGCUCCCUUGUUACGAGGUGCCUCUUUAUUGUGUUGUUCCUCAUCCCAAACGUCUCCCACUCACCUCCGCACUGAUCUGUUUUAGUAGCUGCAGUAGAUUUUUACAGUGUUUAAACUGUUUUACUUCCUGGUGCCUGCCUCUGGCCACUAUGUAUAAAUGUAAAGUUGUCUAUCUUGUAUACUUCUGUCAUUAUUUUAUUAUUAUUUCACCAAUAUUGUUAUUUUCUAUUAAGUUUGAUGUAUUUUUGUCCCAUUAUUCCCUUCCUGGUUGUGCUGUGUAUUUACCCACGCUGCCCUUUUACCGACGUACCAUUUGAAUUUCGUGUUACCGUGUAAACUUCGUCUUUUGCCGAAAGGCUUUUUUGAAAAUGAAAAAAAAGGUAAAUACCGUCUGUCUAUAAGUGGUUCCAUGUUGCUCAAAGUUCACGUUGACAUGCAGAAAAUCUGUAAGACAAAAGAAUUUGAAUAAAAAAAAUCACAUUAAAGUUUGUUGAGUUUAUAAAA